AUGUCAAAAUAUAGUUUACUUGGAUUUGCUACUUUAGUUACUACUGUAUGUAUGUGUAGCGGUGGUAGCCCAAUAGACUGUAACUUUGAUCAAGGAUUGUGCCAAGGGUACACUGUUACUCCAAAUGACAACAGUUUCCAAUGGAAAACCGAGAGUAGGAGCUUCGGAAAGUAUGAUAGAGAAUUGGCCAUUUUUACACCGAAUGAUUACUCAUUCGACCAUGGCUACGUCACCGUCCAAAACUCUGUGUGGAUGCCGUUCCGCGUCCAGGCGUGUAACGACGCACAUCUCGAGCUUUCUUCCGUGCCAGGUUUCUUGUUGAACCAAACAUAUGAGAUAGUACUUGGGAGCGGGAGAAACACAAAGUCUGAUAUACGUGUCGGAAGACAGGGUAGAGGAGGUGGAGGAGUUCGUGUUAAUACCCCUGAUAUAAUGAAAUGCGCCGUGAUGCAACAGUUCUGGGUGAGCUGGGAGAGUGGACUCAUCCAGGUUGGAAGGGGUGCAAUUUAUGGCCAACAGACUUUCAUGUCGUGGUAUGAUCCCAAUGCAUUCCCUGUCUAUGGGAUAAGUGUUGCAACUGGUUGGGGCGCUACCGCCGAGUGGAGGCUCCCCCUAAUGCCCGAUCAUCAAACUGUCAUCAGUACGCCGAAUGAUUACGAGUUCAACCAUGGUUGGAUUCGUGUUGAUGACCGCCAGGACUUCCUCUUCAGUGUACAAGCGUGUAAUGAUGCGCAUCUUGCCCUUAGUGCUGAACCCGGUAAAGAGGAUUCAGACACAUAUGAGAUUGUUCUCUCCGGAUAUAGCGGGACGAGAUCUGAUAUUCGUGACGCGAAACAAGGAACAGUUCGUGCAAGUGCAAACACACGAAACUUCCUCAGUUGUAACGAAACGAGGCCUUUCUGGGUGAGCUGGAGAAAUGCUUACAUCGAAGUGGGAAGAGGAUAUAUAAUUGGUCAAAACCGGUUCAUGACAUGGCUAGAUCCUGUUCCACAUCCCGUAAAUGCUAUAUCUUUUGCAACGGGAUGGGGAUCAAGUGCAAAAUGGUCAAUUUAUGAAGAACAAGGUCGACCGGUAACAAUAUAUACACCGAAUGACUAUAACUUCGUGCACGGUUGGAUAACAACGUAUGGUCUAAAUCAGAUAGUGUUUGAAAUCGAAGCAUGCAGCGAUGCCCAUAUACAAUUACCACUCGAUCCUACAAACACUGCUGUAGAUGUAUACGAAGUAGUCCUAGGAGGCUGGGCAAAUACACAAUCAGCCAUCAGGGACAGAAAAAUGGGAGAACUAAAGACUCAGGCUGCGACUCCAAACAUCUUAAACUGUGACGAAUUUAGGAAGUUUUGGAUAAGCUGGAAAGGUGGUUUGAUACAGGUUGGAACGGGCUCAUUGUACGGUAUCAACCGUAUCAUGUCGUGGCAAGACCCAGCUCCUCAUCUUGUAAAUGCUGUGAGCGUUGCAACGGGAUUUGGUCAUGAGGCGAUAUGGAGAUUACCGGUUUUUCCAGGUCGAGAAACCCAUAUAAUGACACCAAAUGACUAUAUCUAUAACCAUGCCUGGACACCUGUGCACGACCUCCAAUACAAAGUAUUUAGAGUAAAGGGGUGUAAUGAUGUUCACGUUGCUCUUAUGGCCACACCUGGACGGGAUGAAUCAGCCAUGUACGAGAUCGUCAUCGGGGGCUGGGGAAACACUCAGUCGGUAAUCAGAAACAAGAAACAGGGCCGGAAUCUCUUUACGGCGAAAACAAAGAACUUCCUUAAUUGUGAAGAUUUUAGAUCAUUUUGGGUGGGCUGGAAAGAUAACAAGAUUGAAGUCGGAAGAGGCUUGGUGUACGGGCAGCAGAGAUUCAUGAUUUGGGCAAGACUAAACACGUACCAAUUCAAAGCAUUGUCGGUCAGCACAGGGUGGGGUAGCACUGGAGAAUGGGUAUUCUUUGAGCAAUCUGGGCGUCUGAACUAUAUGAAGCCACGGAACGAUCAUACUGCAGCAGGUGGGAGAGAAAUGGCAAUUUACACCCCAAAUGACUAUAACUUCAAGCAUGGGUGGUUUUCUGUUCAAAACACCAAUCACAUUGUCCUUAAAAUACAGGCGUGCAAUGAUGCACACAUUGCCCUAAUGACUACUCCCGGGGUUGAUUCGGCAGACACGUAUGAAAUUGUAAUCGGAGGUUGGAGAAAUACGAAAACAGUUCUCAGACCUUCCAAGGGAGGAAAGCCAAUGGCAACUGCCCUUACGAGGGACAUUCUGAGCUGUGACGAGCUGCGUUCGUUUUGGAUUAGUUGGUAUGAUAAGUCUAUUGAAAUUGGAAGUGGAAACGUGUAUGGAAUGAACAGGAUUAUAUAUUAUCCAGAUCCUAAUUUCCAUGAUGUGAAUGCGAUAUCUUACGCGACAGGUUGGGGAAGUAGCGCCGAGUGGAGACUCACUGUUAGCGAAGGUAUGAGUGCUGCUAUUCUUACACCGAACGACUACUCUAAUAAGCACGGAUGGGUAAAAGUACAUGAUGUGACAUCUAUUAACAUCCAAGUGAAGGCUUGCAAUGAUGCUCACAUUUAUCUAAUGGCAACUGCCGGGAUAGAUACUGAGCUCACGUAUGAAAUUGUCCUCAGUGGAUGGGGAGGUACCAAGUCUGUCAUACGCGACGCUAAACAAGGCAAUAUAAUGGCUGAAGCAGACACUACAGGUUAUUUGGAUUGUGAUUCGCUCCGGAAUUUCUGGGUGUCUUGGACAGAUGGGUGGAUUAAGGUUGGAAAGGGAUUUGACGGUCAGAAUGAGUUCUUGGGCUGGCAACACAUAAAUCCACGGGUGAUAUCAGCGGUGGCUUUUGCAUCCGGAUAUGGCGCUGCGGCGGAAUGGAGAUUUGUAGAACCACAAGGGAGAGUAACCUCUAUAAAGACAAUAAAUGACUAUUAUUUCAAACACGGUUGGGUGUCGACACAGGAGACUACCUUCAUGCCAUUUCAAAUACAGGCAUGUAAUGAUGGUCAUAUCCAGCUUCAAGGUAUUAUCGGAGAUAUUACUCAGCAAACCUACGAAAUUGUGCUGGGAGGAAAUCGAAAUCGAAACUCGAUGAUUCGAGCUAAAUCACGUGGUCCAGAUAUGAUCCGUGUCAAGACAGACCAGUUCCUUAAUUGUACGGAAAUGAGACCAUUUUGGGUAUCGUGGGCAAAUGGUAAUAUUGAAGUUGGUAGAGGAUUUGUGUAUGGUAUGGAUAGAUUCAUGGCAUGGCAAGACCCCAGUCCUCAUCCAGUCAAUGCACUUUCGUUUGCUACUGGCUGGGGCAGCACUGCUGAGUGGAGGAUCCCAACAGCUCCAGGUCAUUCCACUCAAAUUAUGACUCCUAAUGACUAUAAAUUCGAACAUGGAUGGAUGGAUGUCCGUGACAGAGUUGGACAAACAUUCCGGGUACAGGCUUGCAAUGAUGCUCAUCUGGCCCUGACAGAAGUCAAACAAGAUGGAACUGGGAGAAUUUAUGAGCUUGUCCUUGGGUCUUAUGCGAACCAGAAAACCAACAUCAGAGACUGCAAAUCGUGUGGUGACAAGGCUAUAGUCGACACUCCUGAUAUUAUGCAAUGUAACCAAACUUUAGACUUUUGGGUGAGAUGGGACUCAGGUUUGAUAGAGAUGGGAAGAGGAAAUGUAUUUGGCGUGGAUAGAAUUAUAUUUUGGCAGGACCCAAAUCCGCACAGGGUUGACAUAGUUUCUGUUUCCACUGGUUGGGGAUCGACCGCAAUUUGGGCAUUUGACGAACCAGCGGGACAAUAUGCCUAUGCAGAUGUUAAUUAUGGUACAAGCAGUGACACUAGUAACCUUGUUUCACCAACGCUUCCGCCUAACAGUCUCGACUGCCUAGAAGCAUAUUAUCACAUCCAGGAUCCCAACAGCGGUUCCCUUAACGUGAGGUUUUCUGAGGCCGGGGGUCAAGUAAUAAUCGACGAAAAACGUCUCCCUGCCUCUGCUACGGAUGGUUGGAAUCACGCCCUCGUCCCUGUAAAUUCAAAUGGACAAAGUUUUCAGAUCAUAUUUGCGGCUAUGCACGGAUAUGGUUCAAAGGGGUAUAUAUCAGUUGAUGAUGUCCGACUACUGGCAGGGCAAUGUUCAUUUUAUGAUACCAACAAAACGACGAUGCCAGUCAAUAUUCUGCCAACCCCUCAACCAGACCCAACAACUACAACAAGAGCUCCAGUCGUUACGCUACCACCCCCAGUCCCACCAGCGUCUCCUACAGCUGGAGAUUGCAAUUUUGAGGAGGGAACUUGCGGAUACACUGUUAACCCCUGGGAAUCAAAUAAAUAUCAUUUCGAAAAGGAAGAUGGCGGUGCCCUCUUUGCGGGUAAAAAGAUGGCGAUCUACACACCGAAUGACUACGACUUCAAGCACGGUUGGGUGACAGUUACUGGGUAUGACUAUAUUGAAUUUACGGUAAAGGCCUGCAAUGAUGCCCAUAUCUUGCUGUCUAAUAUCCCAGGUGAAAUAGAUGAGUUGGUCAUUCAGGUCAUCAUUGGUGGGUGGAAAAAUACAAAGAGCGCCAUCCGAACGGGAAGAACAGUCGGGACACCUAUAGUAAAACAAACAAACACCCCAAAUAUUCUUGAUUGCAACGAGGCUAGAAGCUUCUGGUUGAGUUGGAAGAAUGGUCGGAUUAGGGUUGGUCAGCAUGGGCUCUACCAGGAUCAGUUCUUACAAUGGUCCCAGCCCCGGAAUAACCCAAUCAACUCUAUAUCUGUCGCCACUGGUUGGGGUAGCUGGGGAGAUUGGAGACUACCAGUUUUGAUGGGACAAAGCAGCACGCUAUUUACUCCUAAUGACUAUGCAUUCAGCCAUGGCUAUUUGGAGGUGGACGACAAAACGUGGAUGAUAUUCGACGUCCAGGCCUGUAGUGAUGCACAUUUAGCAUUGGCUGCAACAUCUGACGACUUUAGUAAAAACACUUAUGAAAUUGUGAUUGGGGGAUGGAGUGGUACGAAGUCUGUUAUAAGGGACGCGAGAGGGGGUGGCGUCAUGGCUGAGGCUGAGACUUUAGAUAUUGUAACCUGUGAAGAGUUCAGGUCAUUCUGGGUAAGCUGGAAGAACGGCCUUAUUGAGGUCGGAAAAGGCAAGACACAUGGCGUAGGACGCUUUAUGUUCUGGACAGACCCAAAUGCACAUGUUGUGAAGGCACUAAGUUUAGCUACAGGAUGGGGCAGUAGAGGAAAAUGGACAUUAUAUCAUCCAAUAGGCCGAGAGGUAAGGAUUCAAACUCCGAAUGACUACAGGUUUGAUCAUGGGUAUGUGACGGUCGGAAGUUCUACAAGCUUACUGUUUAAUGUGAAAACUUGUAACGACGCUCACUUGGAACUCCUAGAGAGGCCGAACCUCAUUGAUUGCAAUGUUUAUGAAAUUGUCAUUGGAUGCUGUGGUGGUAGAGGAACGAGUAUAAGAAAUAGGCGUCUAGGGCCAAACAAACAAUCUGCGUGGACCCCGAAUGUACUAGCGUGUAAUGAAACCAGACCAUUUUGGGUUAGUUGGGACGGAGGCGUAAUAGCUGUUGGGGAGGGAAGUCUUGUGGGCGUGAAUGGCAUCAUUGCAUGGAAGGACCCAGAUCCACAUGGGGUGAAGGCGGUUGCGUUUGCUUCAUGGAGUACGGCCUCGGCUGAAUGGUCUGUCCAGUUGUUACCUGGUCAAACCUCAGUGGUUAACACUCCGAAUGACUACACGUUCAACCAUGGCUGGGUAGGAGUUCAAGAUCGUACAAGUGCAGUAUUUGACGUCCAGGCGUGCAACGACGCCCACUUGGCACUUUCAACGGAACCAGGGAAUGGCGAUGUGAACACGUAUGAAAUAGUUAUAGGGGGAUGGGACGGUACAAAAUCUGCAAUAAGGGAGUCAAAGCAAGGACAAACUGUGGUAUUUGUAGACACUCCUGAUAUACUUAACUGUAAUGUAUCAAGAACAUUCUGGGUGUCGUGGCUCAAUGGCGCAAUCAAUGUGGGGCGCGGGCCAGUGGUUGGAAUGAACUCGUUUAUGUCGUGGACUGAUUCCGAUCCUUAUGUUGUCAAUGUUAUAUCUGUAGCCACUGGCUGGGGCAGCUCUGCCAUUUGGAAAUUCCAACAGGAUCUGCCUGCACUUGUUGAUGUUGUAAGGCCAAUACAGGAUCAUACUUCGCUGUCAUCCCAUGAAGUCCAAAUAAACACGCCAAAUGACUACAAUUUCAAACAUGGCUGGGUUGCUACGGGAGAUACAAAGUUCUUUACUUUCGCUGUCCAAGCCUGUAGUGACGCCCAUCUAGAACUCCAAGCUACCCCUGGAGAUACAGAUAACCUCAAUUAUGAGAUAGUAAUUGGUGGCUGGAGUAACACGCAGUCAGUUAUCAGGACACGCAAGAUGGGACCUAACGUAGCAGUUUUCCAGACGCCAAACCUAUUGAGCUGUAGUGCGUUCCAUCUGUUUUGGUUGAGCUGGGCCGGCGGUGUAAUUGAAGUAGGAACCGGAUCCUCGUAUGGGGCUGGAAGGUUUCUAGGGUGGCAAGAUCCUAACCCACAUGCCGUGACUGCCAUAUCUAUGACGACUGGCUAUGGUAGCAACGGAGUGUGGCGGUUUCUACACUCAUCAGAUAAGAGUGUGCUCAUCAAUACUCCUAAUGAUUAUGAAUUCGUUCACGGCUAUAUGAACGUCCACGACCGAGUUGGAGUUCAGUUUGAAAUUCAGGCAUGUAACGACGCUCAUAUUGCAUUAGAGUCCAAACCUAGUGUGGUUGGUGUACCACAAGCGUACGAAAUCGUAUUAGGAGGAUGGUCAAAUACCAGGAGUGUUAUAAGAGAUGGUAAACAAGGGACAGAGAAGGUAACGGUCGACACACCAAACUUGUUGAACUGCACUGUUUUCUUACCUUUUUGGGUAACUUGGCAAAAUGGCAUAAUUAGAGUCGGGAAGGGGUUCUCUUACGGCAGAAACUUACUAAUGGAGUGGCAGGAUACCACCCCUAAACCGGUCACUGUGAUCUCCGUAGCAACUGGUUGGGGGAGCACAGCUAACUGGAACUUCAGGGAACCGACAGGGCGUGAAGUACGAAUCAUGACUCCAAAUGACUACAACUUUAAUCAUGGCAUGCUGAAACAGACAGGGACCCACAUGAUAUUUAAGGUGAUGGCAUGCAACGAUGCCCAUAUUGAACUCCAGGAAGACACGAUAAGAAAUAGGGAGAAUGUUUAUGAAAUUGUUUUGAGUGGUUAUGGGGGAAGUCGCUCAGAUAUUCGUACGGGGAGAGGUGGUCCCGCUAUGUCAUAUGCACCGACUAGUGGGUUUUUAAGCUGCACAGAAUUUAAAUCAUUUUGGAUAGGGUGGGAAAAUGGCUUCAUUCAAGUUGGACAAGGCACUGUAUUUGGUGCAAACAGAUUUAUGGCUUGGCAGGAUCCAACACCACACCAGGUGAACAUCAUUACAUUCGCUACAGGAUGGGGAGCAACUGGAGUUUGGUCUGUCUCACUUCCACCAGCUGGUCUUGUUGAUAUAUUGACGCCUAAUGAUUACAAAUUUGAACAUGGUUGGCUUAUGGUGUCUGAUCGCACAUGGAUGCCCGUACAAAUCAAAGCUUGCAAUGACGCGCAUUUUGCUCUAUCGGCGCAGCCAGGAGAUGGAACUGUUGAAACGUAUGAGAUCGUACUUGGCGGGUACUCUAACCAGAAGUCAGAUAUAAGGGCGGUCAAACAAGGUCCUCCGAUGAAUCAAGCUGAAACCCCUGAUCUGAUGAAGUGUGAUCUGACGCUUACUUUCUGGGUCAGUUGGAAGGGUGGUUUGAUUGAGGUUGGACAUGGGGGUGUGUACGGGAAAAAUAGAUUCCUCAACUGGCAAGAUCCGAACCCGCAUCCUGUCAAUGCCUUCUCUGUGGCCACGGGGUGGGGGAGCACCGGCAUGUUUAGAUUCAAGGAAUCCCCAGGCUCCUAUAUGAUCGCCGACUCUGUAGUUGGCACAACACGUGAUACAGCCAUUCUAACAUCACCACCGAUCUCACCAAUGUCUUUGGCCUGUGCCGAAGUAUAUAUUAUGUUAAGUGGUACUGAUAUUGGCGAAUUCAAAAUGGGAUAUGGGUAUCCUGGAGACUCAACUCCCCAAUGGCAAAUUAUGACUGGUCCAUUUCAGACAGGUGGACAAUGGAUCCCAAUAAGGAUGGCCAUAGAUCAAAGAAGAGAAUUUCAGCUUAUGUUCCUUGCAGCGGAGGGUCUUGGGUAUAGCGCGACAAUUGCGAUUGACGACAUUAAGAUCUAUAACGAGCUUUGCUUUACAUACGUGAACCCUAUGCCGACCCCCGGUACACUGUCCACUCCUGCAUUCACAGGAACAACGACAAAAUUCACACUUCCCGUACAGACAACCACGAAAGGACGUUUCACAUUACCUCCACUGGUAACUACACGCCGGCCGAUAUUUACAUUCCCACCAAGGACAACAUCAAAAUUUACAAUCCCACCAAGGACAACAUCGAGAUUCACAUUCCCUCCGUGGACCUGGAAGCCCGUAACCACUCGUCCCUGGUCUCCGGUCAGCACCCCAGGAAGAAUCAGUGGAACGCAGACUCCCAAGACAUCGGUGAACGCAGCUGCUAUCGUGAUACCAAUACUAAUAGUACUGAUUAUUGCAGCCAUUGCAAUUUUUAUAUUCUCUAAAAAACGAAAGGGCGAAGAUUGGAAAGAAAGUAUCAAAAAAAUUUACAACAGGAAUCCUUCUCACCAACGAUUUGAUAAUCCGAACUCAGUAAAUUAUUCUCAAGGUGGGGGUGUUGGUGGAUUAGAUAACCCAACAUACGGGACAGGUUCAAGUAGUGUAUCCGGACUUCCUUCCACAAAGAGUGAAGCUUAGUUCCAAAAGCAUUUAGACAGCACAGCAUUCUCGAGCCACAGAAAUAAGUGUGUUGUUAUAUUGUUGGAGUGUUUUCCGAUAAAAGGUGUGCCGUGGGAUUAAGCUCACGGGUUUAUGUAUAUAUUAUUACCUAUGAGUCUAAACUUCUUCCAUCGUGACAAUGCUGGUGAAACUUGAAAAUGUCUGUCCUUCGGAGUAGCCAUCCAUGAACUGAAUAGAACUAUUCUACUACUUAUUUCGAGGUCAAAAAGUUUU